AUGUGCUUUGGUUGGACUGACUGGAAACUGCAUGGUUUAUAUAUUGAUCAGGUAGGUCCUGCAAAUGAUUUUAGGCUUAGCUUUGUACAAUUGGGCUUAUUUAGGCGUUCUUUGGCUCACUGUGCAAUUUCGGGCUUAUUUAUGCGCUUAGGCUUAUUGCUUCAUCUGUAGGCUUAUUUUUGUGCCGUUAGGCUUAUGGCGGGUCUGUUAAGUUUAUAUAUGUGCCGAUAGGCUUAUUGCAUUGUCUUUAGGCUUGUUUUUGUGUUGUUAGGCUCUUUGCAUUAUUUUUAGGAUUUUUUUGUGCUUUUAUUACGUCAUCUUUAGGCUUAUUAUAGUGUUCUGAGGCUUGUGGCGUCUCUUACAAGCUCAUAAACUCAUUUCGGUGCUGUUAGGCAUAUGCCAGUUUGUUUAGGCUUAUUUUUUUUGCUUUCAGGUUUAUUGCGGCAUCCGUAAGCUUAUUUUUGUGUUAUUAGGCUUAUGGCGUCACGUUGAGGCUUCUUUAUGUGCCAUUAGGCUUAUUCAUAAUUUUUAGGCUUGAUUUUUCAUUUUUUGGGUCACUAUUAACUAGAACCCUUUCAGAACAAACCAAAUUUUUCGCCGUCUGCCCUCUUCUGUAUACCUCCAAACUCUGGCUGGCAUGAGUUCUCUAUUCUUGGUGUCACUACUGUCAUUUUGGGUAGAUCAAGGCUUCGUUCGGCCGUCAGCUCAACCGUCCAAGUACUUUUGCAAAGUUUCCACAUUUCUAACUCAUUUUUGCGACUUUGCCAGUGUUUGGUUGAUUGUGCUGAUCAGCUUCGAACGAUUGACAUUACUUUACAAGGCUACGUAAGUUUGAAAAUGGGGUAAAAUACGACAACAGGGCUUAAAAAUGAAAAUAAUUGGCUUUUAAAUGCAAAUUUUAGGAAAUUAAAUUUUUUUUGUAAAAUACGAAUUUUGUAAACGUCUCUUUUUCAAUAUCAGGCUAUUUGGCAGUUAAAAUACCGAAAAAUUCAAAAUUAAAAAAAAUUUUUAUUUUUUGAUUUUUUUUGAAAUUGUUAUCUGAAACAAGAUCUUUUUUUUUAAAUAAAAGCUCAAAAAUACUUUCAUCUACCAUAUAAUACUCUAAAUACAUCAAAAACUUCAUUUUCAAAAUUUUUGCUUUGGGUCCCACCACGAAAACCUUAAAAUCAAUGUUUGCUUUUAGAUUCCGCCGAAGCAUGGUGAAUUCGAUAAAGCAAGUUGGAAUAUUGAUCUCAAUCACAUUUCUGUGCAAUUUGUGGAUUUUACUUGUUGCUGAGAUUAAUGACAUUGGCAUUUGCGACAUUACUCCCGAAUACGAACAUAUCUACCAUGUACUGUAGUUUUUUUUGUAAAAUACGGUUUUUGAUUCUUCUCUUAAAAAUUGAAAAAAAAAUUUUACAAAACAGAAAAUGGCAGGAACUUUCUUUACAAAACAGAAAAUAGCAAGAACUUUCUUUACAAAGCAAAAAAUGGCAGGGACUUUCUUUACAAAACAGAAAAUGGCAAGAACUUUCUUUACAAAGCAGAAAAUGGCAAGAACUUUCUUUACAAAGCAGAAAAUGGCAAGAACUGUCUUUCCAAAACACAAAAUAGCAAGAACUUUCUUUACAACGUUCAUUUUUAGGCCUUUAGUUUAAUGGAAACGGGUAUUUGCAUGAUCAUUCCAACCGUUCUUAUCAUACUGUUCAACGUACUGGUUAUUCUUAAACUACGGUCGCAUUUCAAAAACAUACCAGCAUCACCAUCAGUGUCGUUUAAUACUGCUGAUACUGUAUAUUCUACUGGACCUUCCCAUACUAUUAAGAGUACCAAGGUGUCUAAGUGAGUAAUCUACAGUAUCAUAAAUUAUCUUACCCUACCCCACCCUACCCUACCCUACCCUACCCUACCCUACCCUACCCUACCCUACCCUACCCUACCCUACCCUACCCUACCCUACCCUACCCUACCCUACCCUACCCUACCCUACCCUACCCUACCCUACCCUACCCUACUCUACCCUACCCUACCCUACCCUACUCUAUCCUACCCUAUUCUACUCUACCCUACCUUACCCUAUCCUACCCUACCCUACCCUACCCUAUUCUACUCUAUCCUACUCUACCCUCCCCUACUUUGAAAUGUACCAUUCUUCAUUUUAGAGCCAGUAUGCACCACUUAUCAGUGAACGGUACCAAUAGUGCAGAGACAAUGGCUCUACGUUAUAAACGAUGUAGCUUACGCUACGCAGACCUACAGUUGACUAGGUCAUUAGUGAUUGUUACUAGUGUUUUUAUAUUGCUCAACCUGCCCAAUUACUUAUACCGUAUCGCUGUACAGUAUCUGAAGAUCAGCGAUCAGGUAAGGUAGCAAGAAAUUUCUUUACAAAACAAAAAAUGGCAAGGACUUUCUUUACAAAACAAAAAAUGGCAAGAACUUUCCUUACAAAACAAAAAAUGGCAAGAACUUUCUUUACAAACUUUAAAAUGGCAAGAACUUUUUUUACAAACUUAAAAAUAGUAAGAACUUUCUUUACAAAACAAAAAACGGCAAGAACUUUCUUUACAAAACAAAAAAUGGCAAGAACUUUCUUUCCACUAUAUCAUUUUUAAUUUUUCAGUCAGAAGUAAUGCAAUGGUUCUCAUUAGCCGCUCACGUCCUCUUAUACACACAUCAUGCUAUCUUAUUUUACAUGUAUAUCUUCAACUCACCGCAAAUGCGCCGCCGCUUAUUGCCGACGGCGUUGAAGCUGCUGGAGUGUUAUUGUUUGAAGCCGGUUCAGGAUUACUCGGAAAACGGGAUUAACUACUAA